AUGCGCAGGUUCUCGAGCCCCGGACUGGACACCAAAACAAGGCAACUGACAAAAGGGAUGCUACAACAGCAGCAGCAGCAGAACCAGCAGCCCAAGCAGCAGCAGCCCCAGCAGUCCCACCCCAAAGGCAGCAAUCGGGGUGGGGGCGGGGGUGGGAAAUCCUCAGCAGCCUGCCCAGCCUCCUCCUCUUCCUCCUUCUUUGGCAAGCUGGCAAAGGUUCUCAACUUUCUCUUCUACCUCACCCUCAUUGUCGGGGCCGGCUUCUCCGCCUGGUAUGUUCAUAACAUUUUGGAGGAAGUCCAUCAGAUCCGGCACCGGAAUGAGGGCUUCUCCAGGCAGAGAGAGGAGCUGGGGCAGGGCUUGCAAGGCGUCAUGCACAAGUUGCAGUCGCUGCAGUCUACGUUUGUGAGUUUUGAGUCCAUCUUGAAAAACUCCCAACAUAAGCAAGAGCUGACGGAGAAAGCGAUCAAGCAAGGGGAGAACGAGAUCAAUCGUAUCAGCGAAGUGCUGCAAAAAUUGCAGAACGAGAUCCUGAAGGACCUUUCCGAUGGCAUCCAUGUGGUCAAGGAUGCCAGGGAAAAGGAUUUCAACUCCCUGGAGCACACUGUGGAAGAGAGACUCACAGAGCUCACCAAGUCCAUCAAUGAGAACAUCGCCAUAUUCACAGACGUCCAAAAGAGGAGCCAGAAGGAGAUCAACGAGGUGAAAGCCAAGAUCUCUUCUCUGGAGGAGACCGAUUGGUACAAGCAUGACUUGAAGGCUCUGAGGGACGUGGUGGAUGGACUUCAGAGCUCGGUGAAGUCCAGAGAAAAGGAUAUCGAGUCCUUGAAAAAUUCCCUGGAGACCAUGGAGUCUGACGUCUAUACCGAGGUCAAAGAGCUGGUGAGUCUGAAGCAGGAACAGGAAAAAUUCAGAGAAGCCGCCGACAAUGAACAUCUCACGCUGCAGUCCCUGAGGGAGAAAAUCCUUCAGGCGGAGGCUUCCUUGUCCCAUCUCCCCAAUGAGAUUAAGAGACUGCAAGAAGACGUGCGCCAGGUCAAAGCAAACUCUAACCAACAAGACGAGAAUGACCUUCUGAGGAACGCAGAUGCCUUAGACUCCCUUCAGAGGAGGAGCGAUGAUUUCGAUUCCAAGUUUGAGCACCUGGAAGGGAGCCUCCAGGCCAUCCAGACGGCUUCUUCUCAACAGACGAAGACUCUGGAAUCCCUCCUUUCCAAGAAUGAAGAGCACGAGCAUCAGCUGGCUGCCCUCCAAGAACAUCUCGAAGGCAUCACGACUUCCCACGGCCUGCUGGGCGCCGAUAAGGAUGGCCUCGAAAGCACCGUGAGAAGCCUGGGCGAGUCUCAGCUCUCCUUAUACAAUGACGUGGAGGAGCUGAAGAGAAGCGUCAGCGAGCUUCCCAGCGCCGUGGACUCCCUCGAGAAGGUGCAGAAACAAGUGCGCUCGCUGCUCGAGAAAGCCCACGGGGACACUUCUCUCCCUCCCGACUAUCUAGAGAAACUGGCAUCUGUAGAUGACUUAAGGUCCUCCUUAAGCCAACUGGAAUCAGACCUAAAAAUGGUUAGGACUGCCGUGGACAGUCUGGUCGCCUACUCAGUGAAAAUUGAAACCAAUGAGAAUAAUUUAGAGUCCACGAAAAGUUUAUUGGACGACCUGAGGAGUGAUCUGGACCGACUGUUUGUGAGAGUCGAGAAAAUUCACGAAAAAGUCUAAACGAGUUAUCAAUGCUGGUGUGGAAUUUCAAAGUCUCCCCUCCUGACCCCCCCAGUCUCUCAUGGCCAAAAAAAAAAAAAAAUGAAAUAAAAAUUGUCCCUCUUUGUAACGAGCAAUAGACACUCAUGGUAAUUCCUGGGCAUUCUCCAGUGCCCCCUUUCCAACCCAUUUAAUUUAUUUGCCAUAUUAGGCUAUACCUGUGAAAACAGGGCUACGGUUGCGUCAUUAUAUUCUAUCCGUUUUUGGUUUCGUUUUCUCCCUGGAGGGCCCCCAUCUUCAGGAAUCCAAGGUUCCUUCUAAAAAGAUGUUUUGAACAUCCCGGAAGGGUGAGAAUGACUUCGGGUGGUGAUAAACAAGAUCAGAUUCGUGUUUCGCCUCAAAAGGCCACCUUGGCCGCCAUUUUUUACUGAAAAUUGUCCUUAAGGAAAAUAAAUUUUUUUUUUUUUUAAUGGGAGGGGGGAGGGCCCAAGUUUUCCAUGAGAUGUCAGUCACUUAUAAGUCUUCCACUUAAAAGCUGGUUGGAAACCAGAAACAUCAGCACAAUUUAGGGAAAAAAAAAUAUACCAAUUCCUAGUGUUUGUUUGUUUUAAACUACUUUACCAUAGUUCCUCCCAUAGGUGCUUUCUCAUAGUUUCUCUUUUAUCCCUAUUCUUCUCAUCCCCAUUCUAUACAUCCUUUAGCGAUAUCCAAGGUUACUAUGCAAGACUCGGAAGGCUCCGAAUGCCAAGAUGGGGCAUCCACCCUGAGUAAUCCUGAGCCCAUCUGUGCCAAAUCUCUAGUUGGGUCAUCAGAUAACUCUUAGACUUAGCAGCCCGGAACAGGGGUCUGAUAUAUUCUUGAAUCAUAUCCCAGGAGCAGCACAGCGGAAUGGGGCGUCCCCUCAGGUAUGCAGACCAAAUGUCUAUAACCUAUUUGUUUUUUUUUUUAAAGUUUUUUUAAAAAAUGAUACUCAUGGAAAUCUAACAAUAGAUUCCUGCCUGUCAGUGGAAAAAAAAAAAAAGGAUGCACUGCGUUUUCAUGUCAUUGUUCGCUCUGUCCCCGUCCCGAGCUGCACUGUCCCCGAUGCUCUGUCCUGUCCUGUCCUAUCAAGCCAUUUUGUUUUUCCUCCAUUUGGAUUAAUUUCAGACGUUCGUUUAGUUGACUGUGAAAUGAACUGAACUGUAUGGCUUCUUUACAGUAUUUUUAAUUCUUAAUAAACACUUUGGAGCUUUGUA